CGUGUAAGCCUAAACACAGCACUGUAACGGGGUGUCACGCUAGUCGUAUGCUUUAGAUCUUCAUUCUACCAUAAAACUACACAAGGCAGGAUGAACAAGACCAAGAAAUCUUCGUUAAUGACGCCAGAUCCUUACCAUAUCCCGGGGUACUGUGGAUAUUGCCCUCAAUUCAAGUAUGAAAUCGGAGAGACAUUUGGACGAACUACUUCAAGUCUGCUCACCAGUAACACUGUGUGUAGUUCAGGUAAACCAGUGUUAGCAAAUAUCGAAGCCGAWCUGCCACCAAAACAAGACAACAGAAGAGCCACUAUUGCAGCAAGAACAUUUAGUAUUGGCGACCAGAAACUCAGUGAUCAAAUGGUGCCAGGAUAUACAGGAUAUAUUCCCAAAGCGGAACACUACUAUGGSAAAUCUUAUGCAGAAACAUCGAGAAGUGCAAUAGCYAGUUUUCAGAAUGACCAGCUUGGUCAUCAUAGAGAUGCGAAAAAUCUCCGAACAAUUGCCRAUCUUCAACGAGGAAAACAKGUCCUUCCCGAACUCGUCUCGGAUAAAACUCGRGUCAUUUCUAAAUAUAGAGUUCCAYUGAAACCAAUAGCUGCGCAUCCCGAGGAAUACUACUCGACGAAGGCCAUGCAACAUUCCUUGUCUCCAUUCAUACUUAGCAACGACGACCCAAAGAAAUUCCUCAUGUCAGGAUACACGGGAUUUGUCCCGCUGUCCCGCGGGUACAUGGGGAUGGGAUAUCCYUCGUUGACAAACAAGGCUUUGUGCAGCUUUUCUGACGAGACAGCAAGAAUCAAGGCAGUUCAAGAUCAGCCAGUUGUGAUCAGAAGACCAGGYGUAAAGCCCGUGAAGACAAGUACGAUAUAUGAACUGCAAAACAGUGGUUUGGUACCACAUUACACUGGGCACGUUCCAGGAGAGAAGUUCCGCUAUGGCAUGACGUUUGGUUACAGCACACAGUUCGCWCAGAAAGCCCUGACAGCUUGAAAACAACUCCAGCCGCCUGGUGAAGUAAUCGAUGCAACCAUAUGAUGAUUUCCUUUACUCAACUUACAGAUURUAAAUGUUUGCGUUAAACGAAUCUACUUAUUUUAGAAGUAACGAAUGUUUUUUUUUUUUUUUUAAAAAUCUAACAGUUAUCAAAACCAACA